AAUCCCAUUACUUUCUCCCUUAAAACCUCCUCUCCCCUCGUUCUCCUCCGCCUCCUCCUCCCACCUCCCCACACGGGCACACCUGCCCUCCCCGUCGCCGCGGACCCACUCCCAUGGCAAAGCUCCCGCGUCUACCCUGCUCGUUUGCCGUUCUCGCGCUCAUGUGCAUCAUCCCGCUCACAGCGCCGCGGCCUGCACUGUCCUCGCGCGCGGCCCCAAGGGACGGUGUCUCCUUCGCCGGCGCAGGCAACACGAUACAUCAACUUCUUAAAGAUCACGGCCUUCCCGGAGGACUGCUCCCGCGCGGCGUGGAGUCGUACACCCUGGACGAGUCGACCGGCCUGCUGGAGGCGCGGCUGUCGGCGCCGUGCUACGCCACGUACGACAACGGCGAACUGGCCUACUUCGACAACGUGGUGCGCGGCAACCUCAGCAAGGGCGCGCUCCGAGGCGUGGAGGGCCUCUCCCAGGAGGAGCUCUUCGUCUGGCUCCCCGUCAAGGGCAUCCUCGUCCAGGACCAGGAACCCGGGGUCAUCCUGUUCGACAUCGGGUUAGCCCACAAGAGCCUGUCGAGGUCGCUCUUCGAGGACCCGCCGGACUGCAAGCCGUCGGCCUCCGGCGGGAUGAGCGCCGCCUCCGCCGCCAGGAGGGAGGGCACGCAAGGUGUUACUGGACUACGGUUGAGGCGAGAGAUGGCAGCAGCAGGCAGCGACCAGAGUCAGGAGCAGAGGUGAGGAGGAGGAGGAGGAGCUCUGAGACGACAACACCCGAGACAAUGGCGAGCCAGUUUUCCGCUUUAUAAAAUCCUGCGGUGAGUGAGUGAGUGAGUGAGUGAGAGAGAGAGAGAGAGAGAGAGUGCCGCCGCCGCCGCAACAAGAAAUACAACAGCUGCAGCUUCCUGCAGAGGUUGGAAUGUAUCUACUAAGAUGUGGGUACCUUUUUGCAGUUCUUUUUUCUCGCUUCUUUUCUUCUCUUUUAGCCCAAGCUCCUCUCUUGUCCAUGCACUGUGUGAAUUAAGUUUGUCAGUCAGUCAAUUGUUGUUAUAAACAAAGCACGCAGGGGAGAAAAAGAACAAGGGAAAGAGUUGGCUGAGAAGCCAGUUGGGGGAUCCGCGGACUGUGGUCUGGCCUAGAAUGAUAGAUUUUUGUUCUCGUCAGGGAUAAAAUUCUUCUGGUGAGGGUUUGUUGCAUGUGCCAGCUCAGCGGGGAGUGAGCUGGGCACAGCACAUCCUCCAUGUGGGCUUGUGUUGGCUUGGCUGGUUGUUGGUUGGUUCACUUCUUCCGUGGAUUGAUAAGUAUAUAUAUAUAAUAUUAUGCUAGGUUUGGUUAGGCCUUAUAU